CAAGUGCUGUGUGCAGGCUGCAAGUCUUCACUGCUGCUGCUUCUGCUCUGAACUGCACCCACAUCCAGGCAAGGGUGUGGCAAGAGAAAGCAGAGCAAGAGCUCCUGAGCUUUGGAUGAGGAAGAAACUUGGGAUCCUCAGAAAGGAAAAGGAGAAAGAGGAGAUUUAAAAAAGCAGCAAGCAGCAAGUGGUGAGAACCUGGUGGGGGUAACCAUGGAGUUUAUUAGAUUACUUCCCCACCUUUCUGUGCUCUGGAAAAUGGGAAGAGUGAAUUGAUGCUGUGACACACCUGACCUCAGUGCAAAUCAACCCACCGAGAGUCUGAAGAAACUCUUGUGGGCCCUCUUAAUUCAAAGGAGUGUAGGGAGAAAAAAAGACUCAUUUUCUUUGCCUUAGCAGCCAUGCAGGAUUCCCUAUUACUGAUUGGAUGACCAGCAUGUUUCUGGCAACUGAGACAUCUUGGCCUGUGCUGUUCCUUUGUUCUCAAACUCUGUUCUGCCUCUUCUUUUGCACCCCUUCCUGUUGUUGUACAUCUUGCCCUGAACAGUGUCAAUGCACCAAUUAUUCAGGAGCAACUGCCGUUCUGUGUAGUGCUAGCAACUUGGAGGAGAUUCCAACAGAUAUUCCCAAAGAUACCAUGUUUUUGAAGCUGGAUGCAAAUAAGAUCACUGCAGUUCCCAACAGCACUUUCAGGCACCUUGCCCACUUACAAGAAAUAGAUCUCUCCAAGAAUGCCAUUGAGAAGAUCGAUUCAGCAGCAUUUAAGGGUGUGGCUGAUGGCCUGCGAUUGCUGGAUCUCUCUGGCAAUCACAUACAGAGGAUCCCAAAGGAAGCCCUGGUCAACCUGAAUGCCAUGAUUCGUUUAUCCAACAACCCUUGGCAUUGUGAAUGUACUUUGCAGGAAGUCUUGUGGGAAGUGAAACUGGACCCUGAUUCAGUCAAUGAGAUCACCUGCCAAACAUCUGUGCAAGAGGAAUACGCUGGAAAGCCUCUGCUCCACAUCCUAGAUUCAGGCAUCAACUUUUGCAACAUGCAUCAGAAAACCACCGAUGUUGCCAUGUUUGUUACCAUGUUCAGCUGGUUUACCUUGGUCAUUAGCUACGUGGUAUACUAUGUCCGGCAUAAUCAAGAGGAUACAAAGAAGCAUCUGGAAUACUUGAAGUCAUUACCUAGCACAAGAGUUCCUAAAGAGACUAUCAGCACAAUUCUGUAGCCUGGAGUGCUGACCUUCAGCUACACAGCCUGUUUUCUAAAGAAGAAAAUGUUGGAUGAAAUACAGAAAAUUCAGCCAGGAUUUUUCUAAUUUUUUUCUAAAAAACAAAAUGUUUCAUAAAAGGUAAAAAAGGUAAAAAAAUGUGUUGACAUUAUAAAUAUGGUAAAAAUGUCUAAACCCCGUUUCCCUGUGCUCUAAGCUAUUGUUUCCAAUACUGGACCCAAAAGGUCUUUGAAUGGCACAUGCUUUGUUUUGGCUCCCUAAAGUUCACAAUCAAGAUCUUAUUCCAAGAGAGAAAUCUAAAAACCCUCAAAUGGAGCAAUAUAAUCCUGACAAAUGUGCUCGUGGUGCCAAUGGAAUAUGUACAUGGUUGACUUUUGCUCAAUACUCUGAAUGAAAAGACAAACCACUUUCUUCCAAGCUUACAGAAAGUUCUAUUGCCAAAUUCAUAGAUUUUGCAAACAAGG